GUUAAUAAACAGACUACUAAUACUCGUACGUGCUGGAAGGCGGUUUGGGACACGAUAGCCGACCGUUCACCUUCCCUCCCGGACUGUGGAUGUCAGUAUGGUUGUGAUCGUGGAACGCAGACGAAGAAGAAGGGAAAAGCGCAGGCGAAAACCAAACGGAAGUUGGCAAAGGGAAAGCUGUGGAAGAGGGUUUGAAUUCCUUUCAAAGGCCGCACGUUAGUAAGAUGGUGAAGAUUUUUGUGGGAAACCUGCCCCGAGAGGCAGACCAGGAUGAAAUCAAGGCACUCUUUACACAGUAUGGCACAGUCACAGAAUGUGCCAUUAUCAAGAACUACGCCUUUGUUCACAUGGAUGACCGCAAGGCUGCCACCAAAGCUAUUAAGAGUCUGCACCUCUACAAGCUCCAUGGCACUCCGAUCAACGUUGAGGCCAGCCAUGGGAAGAACCAGGGCUCGGUCAAACUACAUGUAGCUAAUGUAGAAAAGGGGUCUGAUGAUGAGCUCCGUGCUCUCUUUGAAGAGUAUGGUACAGUCACAGAGUGUGCUGUUGUCAAGAAUUUUGCUUUUGUGCACAUGUCUAAUUCUGACGAGGCCAUGGAUGCCAUCAAGGGAUUGGACAACACUGAGUUUCAAGGCAAACGCAUCCAUGUCCAGAUUUCUAAGAGCCGUCCCAGACAUGACGAACGGGAUGACUACCCUCCUCCUCCCCCAGACCGAGGUGGCUAUUGGCCCCCUCGCUAUCCUGGAGAUAGGCACGAACCUCCCCCACCCAGCUACAUGAGAGGCCGCCUAAGCCAUAUACCCCCAGGUUACCCUGCCCCUCCUCUGCCACCCCCUCCCCCUAGACGAGCUGUUUAUCCCGAUCGACCCUAUGAUGGUGACAGGGACAGAUAUGGUGUGGUAGAUUACUAUGAAAAAUACAGAGCCCGUCCGUAUGGCAUCGCCUCCUACGAGGACCAGCGUCCUGGUGCUCCUCCUCCUCCCCCUCCCCCCUCAGCCGUCGUCCGAGACCGUCUUAUGACCUCGUCGCUUGACCCAUAUGAGCGUCGGCCCCUCCCACCUCCUCCGUCCUCGUACUACGCCCGAGAUCGCAGUCCCCUCAGGAGAGCGCCUAGCACGCCAAUGCCCCCAGCCAAUAAUGGCUAUUCCUACGAGCGCUCCCGUCUCUCCCCGGUUCCCCGGGUCCCGGCUUACGGAGUUCCAAGGGCCAGGGACCCCUACACAGACCGGCUGCCUCCGCCGCCGCCUGCACGCUAUGCUUAUUAAGCAAGGCCCUGUGAAGGAUCGUCGUCCGACUGCGUCGCCGCUCGCUGCCUCCUGAUGCACGUGACGCUAUCCCUUUCCUGUCUGGCUGAGCGCGUUUCGUUGCCCUGCGACGCUCACAGGAGGACGUGAAUUGCCGACGUCUGUUUAUGUUUCCAUUAUUUUGGGACAAUUUUUACACUCGUAUUUUUUUCCCCCAGAUUGUUUUAGUUGGUUAUUGUGCUGUAGUAUUUUUAAUGCUUGACGUCUUGAGUUAGGCGUUUUUUUUUUUAAUUUGUACUCUUGAAUACGUUUGAAUAAUUAGUGCUCUGAUGUUGUGUGUGACCUUGGCAAACUGCAUAACAGCAGCAGUUUUUAGGCGCUACUUGUGACUGUAGAUUUAACUGAUUUGAAUCAUGUUUGGUAUUAAAUCUAAUCUGCACGUUGGUUCCAUCAGUUAAGCUUUUCCAUCGAAAACCAAACCUCCAUGUGGCGUAGCUGUGAAAAUUGAAGCAUAUUGACAUAUGAAUUUGACAACUGUAGAAAGCAACUGUUAAUAGGACAGUUACCGUGAAGCGUCCACAUGUAAAUUUACAUUGUUGAACUUGUUUUUAAUAAAUACACUCUCAAAAUCA